CGCGGCCGCAGAGUGGAUGGCAUCCGUAAGGGACGAGGCAUAUUGGGAUUGUUUCUUUCUAUCACUCUCCGAUCCAGAGGAGACCGACCAUUUCGUCGCGUUUGAAGAAAAUGACUCUGACGCCCAGUUCCCGCUCGAGCCUGAAGGUCUUCUUAGGACUCUCAGGAAAUGCAUCAGUAAUCGUUUCUCAUCGGGAAAUCAUUACUUGUACCCAGCCUUGUACAAAAUACCAGCAUCAUCCGACCCGGUCCUGUUGCUAUGCAUUCAACAGGACGCCGACAGAGGGAACGCGCCAAACCCAAUCGGGAGUCAGGGACGCAUCCCCGAUGGCCUCCACUCCAAAGGUACAGGAAGACCUUCAGAAUAUGUCCUAGGAAAGAAAAACGGAUACGAUUUGUACGAACUGAAGAAAGAGAUGGUUGUUAAGGAGAAUGGCUUUGGCAUCUAUCAUGUCAUGAAGCCCGAUACCCCCGUCACCAACGUCGGGAAGGUCGUCAUGUUCGUCGGGGUGACCGGGGCAG